AUGUCGCUUGGUAUAGCUACUAAUACCAUCACUUCAUCGACAAACAAUGGUGUUGAGAAUCAUUGGGAAACGGUGUACAAGACGAAGGCACCGAAUGCUGUAAGCUGGUAUUGCCUACAUCUUGAAACAUCGCUGAGAUUCAUUGAACAAGCAACUCAAGGUCAAAACUUAUCCAUUAUUGAUGUGGGUGGUGGUCAAUCAACUUUGGUUGAUGACUUGCUUGCACGGGGAUAUCAGAAUAUUAGCGUUCUUGAUAUCUCAAAAACUGCGAUUAAUGGAACUAAGGAACGGCUUGGUAAAGCAGCAGAAAAUGUAAAAUGGUUUAUAGAUGACAUAACUCAAGUGAAAUUUCCGGAACAUUAUUAUGAAGUUUGGCAUGACCGAGGAUUAUUUCAUUUUCUGAAUACCCCUGAACAACGCGCAGCCUACGUGAGACAAGUAACCCUUGCCAUGAAAUUAGGUGGCCAUGUUAUUAUAUCUAUUUUUGGUCCGCAAGGACCGGAGAAGUGCAGUGGUCUUGAAGUUGUUCGGUAUGAUGUUGAAUCGUUAAGUGCACAAUUUGGUGAACAAUUCCAAUUAAUAGAUAGCAUUACUGAAAUUCACCAAACACCAUUCGACACGAAGCAGCAAUUUCUGUGCUGCUAUUUUAAGGUCAAGUUAUAG